AUGAGCAAGUAUUAUGAUGAUCAUCUUGAGGCUGCAGAGAAUGAUAUAAGCUCAAGAAAUUUCUGUAAUUUGGUCGAUGCAGCCGUUGCGUUAUACGAAGAAGAACAACAUAAGCGUCUUCUUGGUGAGAAAGAUAAAUCCAAAUCCCACACGAAGGUGAAGAUUCUCUCUGAAGAUGAAGAAGAGCAGCGCGAGAAGAGCUUCUUCCAUCUCUUCCCGAGAAAAAGAAGAAGUUUAGUUGUUACUAAAAGGGUGUGGAGAAACCCUGAAGAAACCCAUCAAAAUGUCAAUGGUGCUUCUACUUCUUCUUCGUCGCUCCUCGACCUUAACACGAUCCCCGUUGAUUGUGACCCACGAAACCCUCAUCAAUGCUUUCUCUCAGCUCAUUCCGAGAGGAAUCACCCACAAAACCCUCAUUCUUCUUCAACCUUACCUGCCGAUUACAACGCGGCUGAGUUCGAGACGGAGAUGAGGACAAACCCACAAAACCCUAAUUCCCAGUUGUCAUGCCUAACAGAGAAGACAAGCCACAAGCGCCCUGCCGUGCAAGAUAGAAACCCUAGUGCUGCAAGAAAAUCUAAGAAAGCAAAGGUUUCUCCUUCUUCUUCAACCUUACUCAUCGAUUGCAACACGGCUGAGUUCGAGAAGACAGAGAUGACGACAAACGCACAAAACCGUAGUUCGUCUUGCCUAAGAGAGAGGACAAGCCGCAAGAGACGUGCCGUGCAAGAUAGAAACAUUAGUCGUGCAAGAAAAGCCAAGAAGCCAAUGGUUCCUUCUUUUUCUUGGAUAGGGAGAGCGAUACCGGAAUGUCUAAUCCCAAUGAUGGAAAGCAUGAAGAAAACCAGACGAACCAAAGUAAUCGAAGGAAACGAAGUAACCGAAGGCCCGAGGCUCAUCUUUGAGAAGAAACUGACCAAAACAGAUGUUAAACCACAACAGAGCCGUCUCUUAAUGCCUUUCAAAACCCUAAUCCGUAACGACUUCUUGACGCCUGUGGAGUCAAGUAUCGUAGCAGAAGAAGAUGACAAUGAAGAAGGACUUGGAGCGAUUCUAGUGAAUCAACAGAAUGUAAAGUGGGGUUUGAUUUUGAUGAGACGGCUAAUGGAGAAAAAGUCAGGGAGAGGAACCUUGAAUUACGCUUUGAUUUGCGGGUGGAACGAAAUCGUUGAGAGCAACGGAUUGAAAACAGAUGACGACAUCAGUAUUUGGUAUUUCAGGUUGCGUGGAAUCCUCUGCUUUGCCCUUGUUCUUCCUCCUCCUCCUCAUAUUGCGCAGAGUACCUCUUCUUCCCUUGCUCCCUGUCUCAGACGAUUUUUGGAGGUUUUGUGUAGUAACAAUUAG